CUAAGUUACCUAGUGUAUUUCGGUCUCGCCAUAUCGCACAAAUUCGGCGACGAAGAAUCGAUUCGUCUCUCUGUAGUAACCGUGUUUGGAAUACUUCUGAUUUUAUGGAAUCUCUUCAAGCGAACAUAUGGCUAUACGUCAUGGGGUCGGUUUUGGAAGAAAAUGCUCAGGGCAUAUUCAACGGGGAAACGCAGUCUGAUUUUCCGAUGGUUCCUCUACGUAUCUAUGACGUCAUUUUUUGUUAUUUACGUCUCCAUCGUCGUAGCACUUCGAAAACCAGAAAAUCUGACAUCACUCAUUGGACUUUUCGUAUUUCCGUUUGUGCUGUGGCUGACGUCGAAAAACAGGCUAAAGGUAAAUUGGCAUACGGUCUAUUGGGCCAUGAUGCUACAGUUCGUGAUGGCGCUGAUCAUCCUUGAGACUAAAUGGGGCGCGGCGUUCAUCCAAUGGUGGGGCUCGAGACUCACUGACCUCAUAGGCAGCGCGCGCGCCGGAAGUGUGUUUAUGUUUGGGAAGACUUAUACGGACCACUAUUUCCUUAUGGGGGCCAUGCCACAGGCGCUACUUCUGAUCGUCAGUCUGUCGGUGCUGACUUACUUAGGAGUCAUCAAGUUCAUUGUGGAGACCUUAGGUCGCGCGCUGGCGUCCUGUCUUGGUGUAAGCCCCGUGGAGGGCAUCAACGCGAUCGGUAAUAUAUUCCUGCACGUGCCCGAAUCCGCCUUGUUGAUUCAAGAGUACAUAGCGGAUAUGACACCAUCGCAGCUAUUUGUGACGUAUGCGAGCGGCCUGUCAACCGUCGGCGGAACGUCGCUUAUAAUAUUCAUGUCGUCCGGGGUCCCAGCCGCCCCUCUUAUCGCAGCGUCGACAAUGUCGGCGCCAGCAGCCUUGGCGGCCUCCAAGCUAUCGUUUCCGUCGCACAGCGGAGAGGAGGUACCGGUAUCCACUGGUAACGAGGACGAAAGACUUACCAAAAGGACACUUCUUUUAGAAAAACCGACUUCGCUCAUGCACAGCGUCAUAGUGGGCAUCAACCAGGGUAUCGUGCUCAUAUGUCAGGCUGUGUUUUUUAUAAUGACCUUCAUCAUCAUUCUUGAGUGGGUCAACAACACGCUGAUCUGGUUCGGGGACAGGAUUGGAGUGGAAAAUAUGACCGCUGAGUUCCUGUUUUCGUACAUGUUUUAUCCGAUCGCGUUCAUGAUGGGUGUCCGUUCUUCCGACUGUCUGUUCGUUGGAGAGCUACUUGGCGUACGGACGUUCAGCUUUGCAGUUGUCGCCUAUCCGAAACUGGGGCCAAUCAUGGUGAAUGGUCGGGCGUUCAGGGCAUACGUCGCUGGUGGCGUCAACAACACGUGGAGCUACGUCGGCAGAAAUAUAGUAUUGGAUAACCUCAACCAGACGCUGACGGGAGGCGUUAUUGACCCUCGUUCUGAGAUCAUCGCAACAUAUGCGCUGUGUGGGUCCGCAUCGUUUGCGAUUAUGGGUCUUAUCAUCGGCUCAUUCGAGGCCAUCGUGCCCAACCGUAUAGGAGAGAUCACCCACAACAUAGUGAGGGCCAUGGUCGUGGGAACGUUCGCGAGUUAUCUCACCGCGUGUUUCGCAGGUUUGUUGUUCGAGGAGGACAUAUAGAUGCCAUGCGAUCGCAACGACGUUUGUUCAACAGAGAAUCCAACUUAUAACUGAUUUCGUUUGUGUUUCAUAACUUUGUAUAAAUUAUAAUAACAGGUAACGCCGAUUAUCAAAUAUAAAACAAAGGACAAAACAAAAAAAGAUAAAGCCAAAGUUCUUUAAAUUCAAAAUCAUGCAACUGUUGAAUACACUAAGUACCAUAUAUUUUCUACAUUAGUACGGAAGCUGUUUUGUACACUUUGUAUACAGGGAUAUCAAAUUAUUGUACCACGUCUAUCUCUGUUAUAGAUUUAUCCUCGCAGUUACGUACUUUUGACCACAAAGAGUCCGAGUUGUCAUUCAGUAACAAGUGAUGUUUAAAUCGAUUUAAGCCAGAGUUUAUGUGUUAAUAUUAUGAGAAAUGUUAUACAUUUAUAUUGGCUAUUUUAUGUACAAUCGGACACCUCUUGAGUACGGAGGUAUAUACCUCAACAAAAUAUGGAAUAAUUUUUAUCAGGGUGCAGACAAAGUGUCAUCACACCGUUAAGAGCUUUUUUUAUUUUAGUGCAUAUAGGAUUUUUUUUCUUGCAGUUUGAGUCUUAAGGUAUAAGAAUACAUUCUUGAAUACGUCUGAAAUCGGUGGAAAAAUUUUCACGUUUUUCACGUUGCGUGAAGCCUAACCGUGUAGUACAAAUCGAAUUUUGAACAAGACCACAGGUUUAUUAAAUACAGUAAUUCUGAAUUAUUUCACCAAGCCACAAGCAUCGUUAACAUCUGUCUGGUAUGCACUAGUUGAAAUUCUUUAGAAAAUAAAACACUAUUUACCUUCGUGUCUACAUACAUUUCAGUUAAAGGGUGGAACCCCACCAAGUCGCGCGAUCCUGCAUCCUGUUAAUGUUUGGCCUUUUUUAAGAUUUUUUUUAUUAUUUUAUCGAUACACUUUUACAAAGGUUUUCUUAUUACCCGGUUUAACUUUAUCAUUUUAGUAAGCCUUUUUAAUCGUUUUAACCCAUAAUUUAUUCGGCAUACUUUGAGCAGAUUACUGUCCUAGAAAACAGUAUGAUAACACUUUUUCCAUGCACUAAUGAAUGCUCUUUAAUGUUUAUUUUCAUUUUCGUCGUUUCAAGGUUGUAGUUGUAAUAAAUCCAGACUUUAUUUUGUUCGAAAAUACAGCUUUCCAAUUAUAAAUGCAGUUUAUGCAAGGAAUAUUUUACAUAUAAGUAACUCAAGACUUUAUACUAAUAUUUGUAAAUGUAUAAGCAUCAACACA